GCAAAGACACCAUGGUCACUUACUGUUAAAUACGACCAGAGUGCUCAUUGGAGAGUAAGGCUGUCCUGCCACAAAUGAGUGACAUUGUGUUGAAUGACAUGGCAUUGCCACGUUGCCUUUACCUUGAGUUUUAAGGCUGGUGGUAAAUCGAUCCCCUAUUUGUCUGGUAAACAGCGGCACAGCAGGGUCCCUGUAAGCUCUUUUUCCGCUAGCACCUCUUAAUGUGCCGGUCUGGCUCCUUACAGAUGUCAUCAGAACAGAAAGGCUGAGUGGUUCAGGUGGGCAUGAGAGGCAGCACACCAGCUUCUGCCCAGCUUUCUGCCAGUUAUUUUUCUUAUACCCCAGGAGUCUUUCACCCUGACAGGGUGGCUAAUUUUUGCCAAAAGGUGAGACUGACUAGACGACCUGUGGUGCUAACAGAUUGUGACCUCUUUAUCUGCCCUCCAUUCCUCAGCCUGCUGAGCUCCAUUACUCUUUCUCUAAUCAGAUGCCCAUUCAUCUGCUGCUGACCUCCAUGCUCAAGGAUUGUGAGGGUCAGGGCCGAAUUCUCUUUUGUUUUAAGUUAAAUCUUGUUUGUGUUCAUGGAGCCGUUAGUAUAUUGCAUUGUGCUGGGAAAAUUUGCAUAAUGCAAACAAGUGGGGGGCACGGCACAGAUGCCCGGUCUCUACUUAAUACCAGUGAGAGAGAGCGUAAACUACUAAAACACCCCCGCCAACCUUGGGAAGAUUAAGUAAUUAGAGGGCGGGGCCCAAAUCGCCGUUAGUGCCCCUUUGUCCCAUACACUUAGCCUGUUGACUGGAACAUGUUCAUCGAUGUAUGAAAGGGGCGGGUAGAACGAGGGAGGGACGCCAAUGCUAGAAAUCCAACAGUAGGGUGAGACUCGCUUGGAGUCGCUGAGGGCAGAGCUCCGACUGAACGAACCAAGUGCCAGGGAGGCAGAUGGGCAUGCAGCAGGCACUAUGAUCAGACUUGGAGUUUGACCCUGACAACUCUGGCUAUAUCAGUACGGAGAAGUUCCGCUCCCUCCUGAGAACCCAUGCGUCCGAGCUGGACCCGCACAAGCUUGAGGUGCUGCUGGCGUUGGCCGACAACAAUGCCGAUGGGAAGAUCUGCUACCAGGACUUUGUCAAUCUGAUGAGUAACAAGCGGUCAAACAGCUUCCGCCGAGCAAUUCUUCAGGGAAGUCGGAAACUGAAAGGUACCCCUCUGCUAGAGGAGCCCGGCCUUAAUGCUUCCCAGAGGCUCAUUCGUCAUGUGGCGUACGAGACUCUGCCCAGAGAGAUCGACCGCAAGUGGUACUACGACAGCUACACCUGUUGGCCACCGCCGUGCUUCAUGAUCACCGUGACAAUUGUGGAGGUGGCAGUGUUUGUCUAUUAUGGCCUCGUCCUAGACAGAUGGGUGCUACAGGUGUCCCAUCCCCACUUCCUGAAGGGUCCACUAAUCUACCAUCCCAAGUUACGGAUCCAGGCUUGGCGGUACGUCAGUUACAUCUUCAUGCACACAGGAAUAGAACAUCUCAGCCUUAAUGUGGCCCUCCAGCUUCUAGUUGGUGUUCCACUGGAGAUGGUGCACGGAGCCAUGCGGAUUGGCCUGCUUUAUAUAUUUGGGGUGCUUGCAGGUUCUCUGGCUGUGUCUGUAGCUGACAUGACAGCACCUGCCGUUGGCUCUUCAGGAGGUGUAUAUGCUCUUGUGUCUGCUCAUUUGGCAAAUGUUGUCAUGAACUGGUCGGGGAUGAAGUGCCAAUUCAAGCUUCUGAGGAUGGCGGUGGCACUAGUUUGCAUGAGUGCCGAGUUUGGAAGAGCAGUCUGGCUGCGCUUCUACCCCUCAGUCUUCCUCCUUUGCCCCAACCCCAGCUUUGUGGCUCACCUGGGCGGGGUGGGAGUGGGCAUCACACUGGGAGUGGUGGUUCUAAGGAACUUCGAACAGAGACUACAGGAACAGUCUGUAUGGUGGAUCUUCGUCUUUGUCUAUGUUGUGUUCAUAUUGCUGUCUAUUUUCUGGAAUAUCUUUGCCUAUGACCUACUUGACAUAAAACUACCACCAGCUCCUUAAAAAAGAAACUUGGAAAUCCUGAAUGUCAAGUGGAGGAUCCUCCUUGGAACUGAAAAGUGGGGAGCAGUGGACUUCUGUUUCACAUUUAUUUCCCUUUUUAUUUAAAAGGAUGGGGUGAACAGAGUUUAGAAAUUAAAAAAAAAAAUUCAGGUGCUACCCAUUGCUCAUUGUGUAUCACAGAUAAACCUGCAAGUGUUACUGCUAUGUCACAAGUGAUUGGCGUAAUAAUGAAAAAGCACAUCAGUCUUCUCAAAUGUAUUACUGGCAUAUACAAAGUUGGGUGCGACAGAGUGGAAUCUUGAUGCCACGUAGCCAUUAAGCACUUAGGAUCUUCCUCUCCUGAGAUUUAUGAACAGAAGGCGGUCCACUGACCUCAGUGCUGCUGCACCUUUCCAGACUUGGAUUGCCCAAGUGUGGUCUGAGGACCAUUUGCAUGAACGUUUACUGUGCGUGAGGAAGGAAACCUUUGAUGUGGCUCCACCUGGUGGUGCACGGAGGGAUUACAGAACUCAAAUACCUCUUGCGGUCGGCUGCUCGCAACUGCAAAACUAUUUAAGGUGCCUGGUGGUGAACCCGAGAGUGGUAAUGGCCACGCCGAACACCUCCCGUGUGCUUCAUUCAUGUUUGGGAUUCAAUAAAAGGACCAAUUAUGCUUAUUUGUGCAGUGAAAAUAUGAAGUGUCAACAGUGUUUUCUUUUGGCCUAUAGUUUGCCAACCACAGGCUGCACAUGUUGGAUUUUAUUUAUUAUUUCCUGUCACUAUGUUGCUUGUAUAUGAAGCCUUGCUCUUAUUUGUACAGUUAAGGAAGCUAGAACUGAAGGGCUACAGCAGAGUAUCCAUAAGUAUUCUGUAUAUUUUGUAUAUCUGUAAAUAUUGGAAGCCAUUACAUUAAAAUCUUUUUAAAUAAAA